CACCGGGCUGCUGUUUGUUGUCAUCCCAAGAUGGAGUUUCUGCUGGGGAACCCGUUCAGCACCCCGGUGGGGCAGAGCCUCGAAAAGGCCACAGAUGGCUCUCUGCAGAGUGAAGACUGGACACUUAACAUGGAGAUCUGUGACAUUAUCAAUGAGACAGAAGAAGGUCCAAAGGAUGCCAUUCGAGCACUGAAGAAGAGGCUGAAUGGAAACAAAAAUUACAGAGAGGUCAUGCUGGCACUGACGGUGUUGGAGACCUGUGUGAAGAACUGCGGCCAUCGCUUUCAUGUCUUAGUAGCAAACCGUGACUUCAUAGAUGGUGUUCUGGUGAAAAUCAUCUCGCCCAAGAAUAAUCCCCCCACUAUUGUACAGGAUAAAGUACUAGCACUGAUUCAGGCUUGGGCCGAUGCCUUUCGAAGUAGCCCUGAUUUAACUGGAGUAGUGCAUAUUUAUGAAGAACUAAAGAGGAAAGGCAUAGAGUUUCCCAUGGCAGAUCUUGAUGCUCUGUCUCCAAUACACACACCACAGAGGAGUGUUCCUGAAGUUGAUCCUGCAGCAAAUAUGCACAAUUCACAGUCUCAGCAAAGGAUGAGCACCAGUUCUUAUUCUUCAUCUUCUCCAAUGGCGUAUUCUGCUCCUCAGGCCCCAGCUCUGAAUGUGACUGGUCCCAUCACCGCUAAUUCUGAACAGAUUGCCCGGCUGCGCAGUGAACUGGAUAUUGUUCGUGGGAAUACAAAAGUGAUGUCUGAAAUGCUGACAGAAAUGGUACCUGGACAAGAGGAUUCCUCAGACCUUGAGUUACUCCAGGAACUGAACCGAACCUGUAGAGCUAUGCAGCAGAGAAUUGUGGAGCUUAUCUCACGAGUGUCCAAUGAAGAAGUCACAGAGGAACUGCUGCAUGUGAAUGAUGAUUUAAAUAAUGUCUUCCUCAGAUAUGAAAGAUUUGAACGAUACAGAUCGGGACGUUCAACACAAAAUGCCAGCAAUGGAGUACUGAAUGAGGUGACAGAAGAUAACUUAAUAGAUUUGGGUCCUGGCUCUCCAGCUGUAGUGAGCCCAAUGGUCGGAAACUCAGCACCCCCGUCUUCACUUUCUUCACAGCUUGCAGGGCUUGACUUGGGUACAAACAGCGUCAGUGGCACACUCAGCUCUCUACAACACUGUAAUCCUCGUGAUGACUUCGACAUGUUUGCGCAGACAAGAGGCAGUUCCUUGGCUGAGCAGCGAAAGAACGUGACGUAUGAGGAUCCACAGGCUGUCAAAGGACUAGCGUCUGCCCUGGAUGUUCGGAAACAGAACACAGGAGGGAGGAGAGGUAAAGGUGGGAACUCAGACAUGGAGCCCAUAGACAAGUGGCUAAUUACACAAGGAAUGAUCCCUGUUGCACAGUCCUCUGUCAUGGAUGACAUUGAGGAGUGGCUCAGUACCGACUUGAAAGGAGACGAACUGGAAGAAGGAGUGACCAGUGAAGAAUUUGACAAAUUUUUAGAAGAGCGAGCCAAGGCGGCGGAGAUGGUUCCCAAUCUGCCAUCCCCUCCCCUGGAAGCCCCCACCCCUCCGACAAAUCCUUCCAGCAGGAAAAAGCAAGAGCGCUCGGAGGAUGCCCUCUUUGCACUGUGAAGAUUGCUCUUAGCCGCCCUCCCACCCCUGUGCUCUGCAGACGAAUGUCGCUGUAUGGCCACUUCGUCCUCUCACACUACUUGGCUAACAAUGACCCCCUCCCCCCCGAUUUCAUAGAUUGCUUCUUCUUCUCCCCCUCCCCAAACAAUCCACCCCCAUGAGCUGACUCUUUCUAUUUAAGUCCAACACUAUUCCUGCCAGACCACAAUUCUCCAGCACUCGCUUAAUCCUCUCCUUCCUAUCCCAGCUGCACAAAACCAGCUCUUGAUGCUGAAAACCCCUUUAGAAUGCAUGAGUACAUCACACUGUGUUGAAACAAAAGCCCAGAGGGGAGAGAGCAGCCUUGCCCUUCAAUUUAUGUAGGGAUCAUCCUCUUCUGUAGGCAGGUCCUGCCAAGUAGACUGCUCUGUCGAUCAGCAUGUAAUUGACUGAGCUGGAAUGUUCAGGAGGAGUGUGUCUUUAUUUUUAGAUAAAAUGUUAAUGUAUUG